AUGUCGGCUCAUUUGGGCGUAUCAGGGGAAUACCUGAUCCCUCAGUCAACGAGCUAUGGCAUGCUCAUCGGCUUGGGGAUCGGUUUCUGCGGCGUCAUUCUGGCAGCCGUUAAGAUUCAAAAAGCAUACCUUUCCGAAGACUCAGGCACGUCGGAAAUGUUCAUGGUGGCCAAUCGGUCGGUUGGGACUGGUUUGACAGCCUCGGCCGUCUUCUCGUCUUGGAUGUGGAUCAAUGAGACCGUCUUCUCGGCGGCAUACUGCUACAAAUUCGGGCUUGCGCUGCCUUUUUGGUGGGCGACUGGCCUCUGCUUCCAGAUUGCCUUGAUGGCAGCUCUCGGCGUCUUGGCGAAGAUCCGGGUUCCAUUUGCCCAUACUUCGCUUGAAAUCAUUCGAUUACGCUACGGGUGGAUCGGUCAUAUUGUUUUUAUUGUACUAAAUAUCACCAACAAUGUUUUUGGUUGUGCCGGUAUGAUUCUCACGGGAUCGCAACUCAUCUACGGCAUCUCAGGAAUGCAUUUCGUCGCUGCUACGAUUCUCAUCCCGCUUGGAGUGGUUCUUUAUACCGCUGUUGGUGGGCUGAAGGCGACGUUCAUUACCGACUAUCUGCACACCCUCAUUGCACUUAUUCUCAUCAUCUACUUCACACUAACAGUCCUCACGCACGAUGCUGUUGGUGGGCUUGGCGGCCUUUACGAUAAGUUGGUGGCGACAGCUUCGGAGAACCUGAUUGACGGAAACUACAAGGGCUCUUUGCUCACGAUGAAGUCGCGAGACGCGAUUAUUUGGGGGUUGAUUCUUAAGUUUGGCAACUUGGCUCUUGUCGUCAUGGACACUGCCUUCUGGCAAAAGUCAUUCGCAACGGAAGUCAAUGCGACCGUUCCAGGAUACAAUCUCGCCGCCGUGGCCAUCUUUGGCAUCCCUUGGGGCCUCGGUACUGUCAUCGGUCUCACCGCAAGAGCACUGCACAACACCGCCAUCUGGCCGGGCUACCCGCACGAGUUCACACUGGCACAAGUGAAUGCCGGACUGGUCAUGCCGUAUACCCUCAAGGCUCUGAUCGGCGAUAAGGGCAUCGACGCUUUCCUCGUCCUGGUCUUCAUGGCGUUGACGAGUACGGUGUCUUCAUCCAUGAUCGCUGUCAGCAGUAUCUUAUCCUUUGACGUUUACAAAACAUACCUAAACCCCAAGGCGUCAGACAAGAAGUUGGUCCACGUCAGUCAUCUGACUGUUGUUUUCCACGCCGUCUUCAUCACUGCCGUCUCGCUCGCCUUAAACUACGGAGGUGCCGACAUGACCUGGAUUGGCUACUUCCGCCCCAUCCUUUCGUGCCCGGGGAUUAUUCCGUUGGGUCUGACUCUGUGCUGGUCAGGCCAAACCCGCCUAGCCGCAAUUGCUUCUCCGAUUCUUGGUUUCUUCACGGGACUAGGCAUCUGGCUUGGAACGGCUCAUGCCAUUUACGGCGAGAUCAGCCUGAAGACAACCGAAGGUAGCUUGCCGGCCCUGUACGGAGCCAUCGGAUCCUUCUUCUCGCCUGCUCUCUAUUCGGUUCUUAUUUCUCAAUACAAACCCGAAAAGUUUGAUUGGAGGAGAUUCCUCAUCGCUGAAAUCGCAGAAGAAAAACAGCUGAGGCAGAUCUCCGAGAAGGAGGAGGCGAGUAACGAUGGCAACAUUUCUUCGGAAGGAGAACCGCCGGCCUCGUCCCUAUUCAAUCCAGAGAAAAGACUGGAUCCAGAACAAAAUAAUGCCACCGCCGGAUACGAAAAGUCGCCGUCAGCGAUUUCUUCCAAAGAUGCAGCGUUGACUGGUGAGGUCAACCUGGAUGAUGUUCGCCAUCCAUUCGACGAGGAUACCAUUAAGCUACUUUACAGAUGGUACCGCAUUGCCUGGAUCAUGUUUGUUAGCAUCGUUCUUGUCACCUUCAUUCUGUGGCCAAUGCCGCUGUACCGUAAUUACAUCUUCGAGAAGACGUUCUUCAAGAGCUGGACAACAGUAGCGAUCAUUUGGCAAUUCUUUGCUUUCUUUGCCGUCGUUGUAUAUCCUCUGUAUGAUGGACGCUACGAGAUUGCUAGAGGUGCGAAGGGCGUUUGGAAUUCUAGUAGGAAUUUCUUUGGGUCCAAACAUUGA